UUUAAAGGAAAAGAAAAGACAGCAGAGCAAACUUUCAAUUGACAUUAGUUCUGUAUAAAAGCUUAGCUGCUUCCAUUUACACUGUUAACUGUAAAAACCAUGUCUUUCCACAUCACCUACUUCUGAUAAUUCCACAUUUUCUCAUCGCCCGAUGCCCAAAAAGCCGAACCCAUUUCUCGCAAACCCAGAAAAAGCAUUGAAACCUGCACAAAAAUCCCUUCUUUUUUUAGAAAUUGCUAUUUGCUGCACCCAUUUCAAUGUGCUUCACUUUGGGGUUUAUACCUUCUUUCAUUAUAAACACCUCCCAAACUCCAAUUUCUGCUUCUUCUUCUACCCCCUUUUGUCUCUAACAAGCACUGCCUGAACCAGGCAUGCUGGUGUUGGCUAAAUGGCGUCCGAUCUGGACAAAACUCUAUCGAAAACAUACAUUGGUCUGCAGCUUUGGGUGCUUAUUGUAAUAUGCUUAGGAGAGGUUUUUUUAGUUAUUCUCGGUAUAGAUCUGUGGCUUAGUUUUCGGAAGAAAACCAGAACGGGUAAUGAUUUGAAUCUCGUAAGGCAAGCACCUUAUAUGCCUUAUGUUUCGGAGGAAAUUAAGGAGAUAAGAGUCGAUCAAGCUUCGGCGAACAAUGGUGAUAUCAACACCCUUGAUGCUAAAUUCAGUGACAGAGACUCUGAUAAGGUUUUGUUUAAUUCUGACAAUGGAGAUGAAAGUGGCCAGUCCGGCUCGUUUAAUCAUUUGGGGAAAGACGUUAAAGGAUCUCAAUUGGUGGUAGAAAGAGGCACGGGAGUGGUUUCCACAUUCAGGCCUUCUUCACAUCCGCUAACUGCACCUUCACCUUUGUCAGGUCUACCUGAAUUUUCACACCUAGGUUGGGGCCAUUGGUUCACUCUUAGAGACCUACAGCUUGCAACUAACCGGUUUUCAAAGGAUAAUAUUAUCGGUGAUGGUGGAUAUGGAGUUGUUUACAGGGGCAAUCUGAUUAAUGGGAACCCCGUAGCUGUCAAAAAGCUCCUUAGCAAUCCUGGGCAAGCUGACAAGGAUUUCCGAGUGGAAGUUGAAGCCAUAGGUCACGUGCGGCAUAAAAACUUAGUUCGACUUCUUGGGUACUGCAUCGAGGGAACUCAAAGGAUACUUGUUUACGAAUAUGUCAAUAAUGGCAAUUUAGAGCAAUGGCUCCGUGGGGAUAUGCCUCAGAAGCGAUAUAUCACUUGGGAGGCUCGUAUAAAGAUUCUUAUUGGUACUGCCAAGGCGUUGGCUUAUUUGCACGAAGCUAUUGAACCAAAAGUUGUACACAGAGACAUAAAAUCGAGUAAUAUAUUGAUUGAUGAAAAUUAUGAUUCUAAGAUAUCUGAUUUUGGUCUGGCCAAACUGCUAGGCGAUGGGAAAAGUUAUGUCACAACUAGAGUUAUGGGUACCUUUGGUUAUGUUGCUCCGGAAUAUGCCAACUCUGGCCUCUUAAAUGAGAAGAGUGAUGUUUAUAGCUUCGGUGUAGUGCUCUUAGAAGCAAUUACCGGAAGGUACCCCAUUGAUUAUGGUCGCCCUCAGCCUGAGGUAAAUAUGGUUGAGUGGCUAAAGAUGAUGGUUCAACAACAACGCUCAGAGGAAGUAGUUGACCCUAACAUAGAGACUAGACCAUCGAUCAGUGCUCUGAAACGGGCUCUUUUGACUGCUCUGAGAUGUGUCGAUCCCGAUGCUGAUAAAAGACCAAAGAUGAGUCAGGCUGUUCACAUGCUUGAAUCAGAGGAGUAUCCUAUUCCUCGGGAGGAUAGAAGGCGCAGAAGGAAUCAGACAGUGAACUCAGAACCGAGAAACUCAGAUGCUGAUAGGAGUGACGAUCCGGAUUCAAGGUCGGACAGCAGAAUGUAACGCCACCCCUCCUAGACUUAGCAGAGACGAGGCAAGCGGGGGAAUUCUUUUUUCUUAAACUGUUAUGGAGAUUCUAUUUACUUGUAGAUUGUAGAGAAAGAUUAGUUUGUUUUCUUGAAAUUGCAUUGUUCGGUCAUGAGAUUCUGUACAGGGUCUAUCAUAUGGAUUCGCUAAAAAAAAUUCGCUUUUAUGAACUCAUGUUGCAGUGCUCGGAUCUUAUAUAUAUAUACACAUACAUUCGAGUGUCGGGUA